AUGAAAAAAAUUUUUUUAUUUGGUAUAAUUUUUACUACUAUUAUUGAUUUAAAUAAAAAUAUACUUGAAGAAGAAAUAAAAAAAUACAUGCAAAAUUUUCUUUUCUUAAAAAAUUCACAAAAAUAUUGUGAAAAGGAUAAUUUAAUUUUAGCACAAACUACUGAUAAAUUAUUUAAUCUAAGUAAAGUAUUAGAUAUUUGUGUAUCAAAAAAAACUUGUGAUUUCAUUUCUUAUUCUCCUAAAAGGAAAUUAAGAAAUUCUAUUUUUUAUGAAAAUGAUGAACCAUUAAAAAAUACAGGAGCAAAUUGGAUUUGCUCAGGAGAUAGUUGGAUUUUUUCUCGGCCAAGAAAAUAUUGGAUUACUGCUAUCAAGGAUAAUCAUAUAAAAGAUCAAAUAAAAAACUAUAAUGUUAUUGAUCUAAAUAAGACAGGGGAAUGCGAUGAGAAAAAUGUUUUAAUUAAAAUUACUAAUUUUAUUACACCAAAGGAAGUGGCAGAAGAAUGUAAUAAAAUUUCUAAUUGUAAAUUCAUCAUUUUCAAUUAUAAUAAAAAGUUAGGUAGUAGCAGCAAACUUAAUGAAAAGGCAGUUCUUUGUUCUCAACCCCCUAUUAAUAGAAUAAGUAAAUUAGGUUUUUUUAUUGCAGGGAAAUAUGUAGAUAGUUCUUCAAACCAAAAAAAAGAAAACAAAAAAAAAAAAAAAAUGAUUGUAAAUAUACCAGUGGGAGGAUCUAUUACACCUGAUAAUCAUUACUACAAUUACAAUAAGGGAGAUCUUGUUCAUGCGGAAAAAUUAGACUACUAG